UUGACCGCACUUGCUUUGUUGAAUUGUUAAAUAUUACAUUAAUUGAAAAGGCUAAGAAUUAAGUAUUUAAAAUGAUUGGAAAUAAAAAGACGAAAAAGGCGAAUGUCUUUAAGGAAAUUGAGGAAAACUUCGACCAGCUGACUAAGAAUCCGGAGCGUUUUCUCAAACCCCAGCCAGAACAAUUGGAGGCUAUUGAGCAGCUAAUCCAACAGACAUACGCAGUGAGCAUCAGCGGAGAUGUGGAGAACAAGAAGGCAUUGCUACCAGAGCUGGUGCUCGAACAAAUGGACGAGGAGCAAAUAUGGCAGCAACUGGAGAUGCGUAACGAACUGGUGUUCCAACAACUGCUGGAGCAAACCGCAAAGCUUACGGCGAUGCGAGAACAGCACCUGGGCAUUGAACUGGAUGACGGCGAGGAACAGGAGGAUGAAGAUGAGGAACAGGACGUUGACGAGUCAGCUGAAGAGGAACAAGAACUGGAUUCAGACUUCAGUGAGGAAGAAGGCGGGCAAAAAAAGCACACCACAUCGCCAAAGGAUAAAAAAAAUAAACGAGGGCGCAACUCUAUAGUUGAUGAUACCUUCUUUAAAUUGGACGAGAUGAACGAGUUUUUGGAGCAGGAGGACGCCAAAGAAAUGCGACGGUUGAACAGCAAGCGACGUGUGGAGCAAACGGAUGAUAUAGACCACUAUGCAGAGGAUUUUGGGCUAGGAGACGAUGAGGACGGAAAUGUCAACUAUGCAGAUUUCUUCGAUAUGGAUGAUGAACUAAAAGAGCAUGCUAAGAAGGCUAACAAAGGCAAGCAGAAAGAUUACUUUAAUGAAAACGAAAACGAAAAUGACCAGGAAGAGGGUGAAAAUCUAGAAGAAGACGAGUUCGGUCAAGGCGAAGGAGAAGAAGACAAUGCCGAUCCUGAAGAGGACCAAGAUGAGGUAGCCAGCGAAAUAGAUGAAUCAGAAUUUGUGGCAAAAAGUGGGAUAGAGCCCGCCAGCGAUUCAGAAUCAGACUCGGAGAAGGAAGAAAAUAAUCAGGAAGCAACCCCACCUCCCUCCCAAUCUUCCAAUGAAAUGAGAGAGGCACGUUUGUUCCAACGCAUACGCGACUACGAAGACGUUGUACUGGGCGAAAAGCCAUGGCAGCUGAAGGGUGAGGUCAAAGCAGCCAAUCGACCCCAGAAUUCGCUCCUUGAGGAGAUUCUCGACUUUGACUCCACUACUAGACCUACGGCGCCAAUUACGGAAGAGGAUAAUCGCUCUAUUGAGGACAUUAUUAAACAGCGUAUUCGUGACAAGGCCUGGGACGAUGUAGAGCGUACAGUGCGACCGGUGAACACGCCACAAGAGUACCGCAAACAGCUGGUGCUUGAUCAGGAGAAGUCAAAACAGUCUCUGUCUCAGAUCUACGAGUCGCAGUACCAGCGGGAAAUGGAAAAACUCGACCCCAAUCGCGAUGCUGACGAUAAGUCGGGCCCGGAACCCAAAGAACACCAAGAAAUUAGAAAGGCAAUGCGAUCACUUUUCCUCAAACUGGACGCUCUUUCCAACUUCCAUUUCACGCCGAAGCCAGUGGCACCAGAGAUCAAGAUCGUGACCAACACACCGGCAGUGCACAUGGAAGAAGUGGCACCGGUAGCGGUAAGCGAUGCCAAACUUCUGGCUCCGGAGGAAGUGUUCCGUGGACCCAAACAUGCUCCUCUUGGCAAGACGGAACGCGAUCGAACGGACAAAAACCGUGAACGCCGCAAGAAGAAACAAAAGCAGCGUGCCAUUAAUGCAGCCUUGGAGCAGCGGGAUCUUCAGCGCGCCAAAGAGGGCAAGGCGCCGACGAAGAAGGAGGCAGACGCCAAGCUGCUGAAGAGUAUCACCAAGAACCGCAAUGUUCAAAAGAUCAAUGCAAACAGCAACGACAAAGGAGCUCUGAAGUCUUCCAAGGCGUUCUUUAACAAACUGCAGGACACCACAGCGGCCACAGCUGCUAACAAGCGACCGAAAAAGGAUCCCUCUAAAGCAAAUGCCAAGAAGCUGAAGCUUUAAAUGUACACUUUAAGACUCCUCCAAUUGCCUUCAGCCAGCCAAUUUUUUUGUUCUCCAGUCACGUGCCAGAAAAUGGCCACAAAUGCACACACAACCACAAAGGAUUCCUGUUUGCAAGAAUAACUUAGGCAGGCCCUGCGGGUGCAGCAAGUCCAUAAUUUGGGGCUCCAUGGGAGAUGCCAAGCGGUCGUGCUUUUAAUGUUCCAUGUGCGAGUCUCCUGCGUAAGCAUAUGUGUUGUGUGGGCGAUUUUCAUGUGGACUGUGAGUCAAGGACAUUCGGUGGCCUGGUGAUGCGAUUAGGCACGCGUGUAGUGUGCGGAAUAUGACUAUUUUUAGAAUUAUUUACUUAAAAUAAACUGUUUGCUAUAUAAAUAGAA